GAAAUCAAGAAAAAGGAGUCGACCAUACACGGAUGACGGACCACAAUCGCUCAAACCUCGAUCGACAAUCGCUCCCUAUCGCUCGGGUCGUGAACUCUCGGUCUCAGUCGCUCUCAGCUCCGCUCGUGGUCUCUCCUUUGUCGCUAUCGGUCUCUCCUUAGUCACAGGCUUUGAACAAGGACCAUGGUAGGUCCAUCGUCAGGGUCCAACUCACUUAAGGAGUAUCUUAAAAGAUACGRAAAUAAUGAGGAGGAGGAGAAGAAAAAGCAGAAGAAGCAGAAAAAGAAAAAGAAAAGUAGGCCUGAUAUGAAUGGCGUCCUAGUUGUGGACGAAGAUCCUGUUUGGCAAAAGCCAGUUGAGGUUGAAGAAGAAGAUGACGAGUCACAAGAUGAAGAGAAGCCGCAAGUUGAUGAAGAUAUUGAAGUUAAGCGAAUGAAGAGAUUAGAGCAGCUUAAAACCCGGCGCCCUUUUGGUGCCAUUUCUGAGGAUGGAAGCGGUUGGGUUUCAGUCYCUGAUACUGCUAAAAACUUGACUUUGGAUGAGCUAAAUUCUGGUAUCUCUCCACUACGUAAACGUAGUGCUCAUGACGAUACGUCUUCUCCAGAACAUGAACUGGGUCUGUCUAUAAAGACACUGAAUUCGGACAGUUCUCCACCUCGGAAAAGAAGGGCYCGGAAUGAUACACCUUCCCCAGAAGCAAUGGAGUCUGACAGACGAAAUGCUGAUGAUAUCUCCCCACCACGGCGCCGUUGGAAACCUAUGUCGCCAGAAGUUAGGAGAAGAUCACCGCUUAAUACCAGCCAGGAUGCUAAACAUGGCCAUGAUAUUGACAUUUCACCUCCUCGUAAACGAAGGCCUCGUUGUGAUACACCAUCCCCAGAACCUAACAUGAAGCCUUUUAGGUUGGGCAGAGAAGAUUCAGAUACGACAAAACCACGACACAGAACUAAACAUGCUCACACUUCAUCACCAGAACCUGAGAUGAAACUAACASAGUCCUUUAAGUUGGAGCCUGAUCUUUCUCCUCCCCGCAAGGGUCGCCCUCAAGAGUUGGUAAAUUCUGAUCUUUCUCCUCCUCGACGGGGUCAUCAUAAAUCCUCUAAUGAAAAUCGUCCACGUGCAUCUGUAGUGGGAGAUCUUUCACCCCCAAGAAAAAAGAGAGAGGCUAGGCAUCAAAUUCUUGAUGAUCCUCAUCGACAAUCGGUAUCAGUUUCUGACCUUUCUCCACCAAGAAAACCUGUGAAGGAAUCAGGUUCCUUGASAGAGCUGCGGAAAACUGGUUUAGUUAGUGGCAAAGAUAUAAAAGAAGAAAUUGCUAAAACAAAGAAGGAAGACUGGUUGAGGUUUCGGAACAUGGAUCCUUCUAUAAGUGGCCGAGAUGCUGAAGGCGUACGUCGUGACAAGAGAACUGGGGAACGCUUGUCAAAGGACCAGAUCAAAUCACUUCAAAAGCAGGAGGAGAAGCCAAAGGAGAUAAAAUUGGAAUGGGGCAAGGGUCUGGCUCAGAAGAGGGAAGCAGAGGCCAAGCUGCAAGAAUUGGAACUUGAGAAGGACAAACCAUUUGCAAGGACAAGAGAUGAUCCUGAUCUCGACAAUAUGCUGAAGGACAGAGUGAGAUGGGGUGACCCAAUGGCACAUCUAGUGAAGAAGAAGAGUUUUGAAAUUUCUCUUCCAGAUAUGGGAGAGGACGAAAGAAUGAAGGCGUCAGGUUUUGUCGUUCCUCAGGAAGUUCCUAAUCACAGYUGGUUGAAGAGGGGAUUAGAUGCUGCACCAAACCGCUAUGGUAUCAGACCAGGACGACAUUGGGACGGUGUUGAUCGUAGUAAUGGUUAGUCUAAAUCAUUCUUCCUCAUUCAAAUGCUUGACAUUGUUGUUUCUUUUAGAGUUUUCAUGAUCGUGUUCUAGAUUAAACCCGUUCCUCUUAAUCACCAUGAUAUAUAUAUAUAUGUAUAUAUAUAUAGGGGUGGGUUUAAACGAGAAGACUAACCUUAUAUACACAUGAAGUAUUUUUAAAAUUAAAACCUGGGGUGUGCAUGCG